AUGAGAUGCAAGUUAAAAGAAGGAUAUAAAAAUGGUACCAAAAGAAGUCUCUAUCUAAAGUACACUGUGAAAUAUGUUGACUGGGAUUCUUCUAUUGUGCCUUUCAUAAUUUAUUUACUUGAUGCGACUGAUCCUUGGAAAAUGUCUGAUGAUUCCAAAGGGUUUAUGAAAUUGCACCCGUGCCAGAGAGACAACGUGCUUUACCAAUUCGCCAGGAAAAACCAAUCUCAUGCCGGUCUGAAUCUCGCGGGAAGUGAUUAUCGGCUUCUUGUUGUAGUGGGCCAAGCGAGUCACCUCUUGGGCAAGCUUCAAGAAGAUAUCGUUGAUGAAGCUAUUCAUGAUGUCCAAACUACAAAACAUAUUGAAGUUGAAUAUUAUGUGGAGUCAUGUUCUGAUGCUGUGGUUAAUGAUAAAUGUGUUCAUACCAAAAGUGCAAGUGUUAUUUUGCCAAGUGGAGGGGAUGUCAUCUAUGCUGUUGCCCACCAGCACGCAGGAGCUAUUGGUUCAACUCUUUAUGGACAGGAUGGACGGACAAUAUGCUCAUCCCUCCCUAUUUACGGGAAGGGAAAGGAGGCUGGAAAUGAAGCGGGAUACGUUGUAGGAAUGACAACUUGUCAUCCUCGACCUGGUUCUGUCAAGAUUGUUGAGGGGGAGAUUAUAACCAUUAUGUCUAAUUAUAGCAAUAGUCAGAGCCACACUGGAGUCAUGGUUUUUUUUUACCUUGCUGUUGCUGAACCUUUGGAAAAACCCAAUUCUAUCAUGCAUGCUCAAAACUAG